AUGGCAUUAGGUAUUCUUUCGAGUGGCAUAAGUAUCGGUGGUCUAGUCAUGCCUCAAGUCAUGGAGCCCUUAAACACUCAUUUGGGUGCUGGCUGGUGCUAUAGAAUCAUGAGCUUGGUUUGCUUUGUUAUCGGUGUGAUUUCAUGUCUGUUAUUUCAGGAUAAACGACCAAGCAAAGGAAAUCAAAAAGACGAGUCUACCGAUACCAAGCUGUUUUUUAAGGAAAUGUUCGACUUUAGCAUAGCAAGAAACUGGCGGUUUCUACUGUGGGUAUUUACUGAUACUCUUUUAGAGGCAGGAUACAAUGUGCCUUACUUUUUCCUGCCAUCGUACGCAACGUUUCUGGGUCUGUCCACGUCUCAAGGAGCAACGAUUCUGUCAACGAGUUACGGCAUGAAUGCAGUUGGUAGAUUGGUUUCAGGUGUUGUAGCGGAUCAUGUUGGCCAUGUUAAUAUUGUCAUUAUCUAUGUUAUUAUUUCUGGAAUAUCAUGUUUGCUGCUAUGGGUCUAUGCCAAUACAUUUGGUACACUAAUGGCAUUUGCUAUGGUUUUUGGCUUCUUUGGUGGCGCUUUCAUCACAUUAACCCCAACUAUCACAUUACUAGUUACAGGACAAGAAAAGUUUGAGACAGGAAUGGCAUUGUUUCUAGUUCUUACCGUGGUGUCCAUGUUUGGCCCUAAUCUUGCUAGCGCAAUUGAGUCGAAUUCCUCAUUUGCAAAAGAGUAUGAUAGCUACAAAUACUUUACAGGCAUAUGUUAUCUAGCUGGUGCAGGCUUGCUUCUAUUUUUCAAGCUUUCGUUGAAUCGAAAGCCGUUUGCCAAAAUCUAA